UGAUUUUUACAUUUAAGUAUAGUGGAUAGAAACAACAUCUUUUGGCGGAUUUCCAUUGAAUAUAGUAAUGAACUCAAAUAAUAUUAAAUAUUUUCAAAUGAUCUUUUAAAAAAAAUCCUACUCUACUAAAUAUCAAAAAUGGUUUCGCAAAAUUCAGAUAACGAAAGUGGUUCGGCCUCGGAAUCUGAAUCGCGGUCAAGUGGCAGUCGAAGUUCUAGCCGCAGUCGAAGUAAUUCUUCCCAAAGGGGGCAAACACCUGGACGCGCUGCAAGUUCGCCAGGCUCUCGUAAAUCUGGGAGUGGCAGCAAUCGUUCCAAUUCAGGUAGUCCUUCUGGAUCGGAUCGUUCCGGGUCUCCGUCUGUCUCUCGGUCUGGUUCACCUCGAAGUUCACGAUCUCGUUCACGAUCUGCAGCUAGCCGGCAUUCGGCAAACGGGCACAGAUCUCGUUCACACUCUCGCUCUGGGACACCACAAAGCAAUCGUUCUGGUUCCGUGGGUAGUCACCGAUCUCGACGCACAGGCAGUCGAACUCCAAUUGGAUCACCGAAAGUCAAUGCUAAUGGCCAUCCUAAUGAAGAUUCUAGAUCUCGGUCUCCUAAUUUGCAAAUAGAUGAUCAGGCUGAUUCACGCAGCCGAUCUCAUAGCGGUUCUCGGUCAAAGUCUGCCUCGUUGCAUAAGUCAAGAUCACGCAGUGGUUCCGUUAAAUCACAUUCAGCUUCUAGAAGUCGUUCUCAUUCUAAGGCACGAUCACAUUCGGUUAGUCGUUCUCGUUCAGCUACUCCGCAUUCCCAUAGCGGCUCAGAGUCUCGGUGUGAUUUCGGCGAAAAUACGAAGAAAAAGCGCAAAACUGUUCUUAGUGAUGAAGAUGGUGAAGGAGAAGAAAAUAAAAAAAAUAAGAAAGCUCGCAUAUUUGAUUCUGAAAGUGAAAAUGAAGCUGAGAACAGCACUGUGAAGAUAGAUGCCCAAGACAUAUUUGGAGAUGCUGAUGAUAUUAGUCUAUCUGAGGAUGAGGGAGAAGAAAAUAAAAAAAAAUCUAUUAGCGGUUCCGAGCAUGGUUCACCAAAAUCACGUUCUUCUUCCAGAGCUUCUAAAAGGUCACGAUCACGUUCAAUGUCAAGAUCUAGAUCACGUUCACGUUCGCGUUCAGGUGAACGUGCCGAAGCGCAACAAAGAGAAGAUGAGCCCGAACCGAUUCCAGAAACACGCAUCGAUGUUGAAAUCCCCCGAAUAGUUACUGAUUUGGGGCGUGAGAUACAUUUUGUUAAAUUACCCAACUUUUUGUCGGUAGAAACGCGGCCUUUUGAUCCCGAAACCUAUGAAGAUGAAAUCGACGAAGAAGAAACUAUGGAUGAGGAAGGCCGACAACGUAUUAAAUUAAAAGUCAGCAACACAAUACGUUGGCGUGAAUAUAUGAAUAACACUGGUAAAAUGAUAAAGGAAUCAAAUGCUCGUUUUGUUCGUUGGUCCGAUGGUAGCAUGUCUCUUCACCUGGGUAACGAAAUUUUCGACGUUUAUCGUCAACCAUUACAUGGUGAUCACAAUCAUAUGUUCAUACGACAAGGUACAGGUCUCCAAGGACAGGCAGUAUUCCGUACCAAGCUUACAUUCCGUCCCCAUUCGACGGAAUCGUUUACACAUAAAAAGAUGACAAUGUCAUUGGCUGAUAGAUCUCAAAAAGUCAGCGGCAUCAAAAUUCUUACGCAGGUUGGUAAGGAUCCAACUGCAGAUCGUUUGUAUAAUCUGAAAAAGGAAGAAGAAAAACUUCGCCAAGCGAUGCGAAAUCAGCAUAAACCACAGGUAAAGAAGAAAAAGAGUGGCCAUGAGACGCAUAGCGGCGUCGUUCAUUCCUACAAUCAUGAUGAGGGUAGCGAUGAAGAAAAUGCGAUUUCGUUGAGCGCCAUUAAAAACAAAUAUAAAAAAGCUACUGCUGCUCUACCGUCAAAUGCUGAAAAUAAGGCUUCAGCCAUCUAUUCGUCGGACGAUGAUGAAGGUUCAGAUUUUGAAGGUCGUCGCAGUAAGAAGGGAGCUGAUAAAACAAAAGUGGUUAAAGCGCUGCGUGAUUCAGAUAGCGAAUCAGAGGAUGGCGCCGAAAAACUUAGUCAAACCGAAAGAAGUGAAAGCGGGGAUGAUUAUGGUGAUGCUAAUAAAAGCAGUGCGGCUGCAAGCGAAGACGAGUAGUUUCACGAGUUAUGAACAUUAGGAGAAAGAAAAAGUGAAAAUAA